AUGUCUUCUCAAUCCCUAACCGAUGACCACAAAACAUCACAAAACACCACUACGUGUGUGUAUCAGACACAAGUUGGUGGCUCUAGCAAGAAUGUAACGGUUGUUUGGGAGAAAAACACCAUGAAUCAUUCUCUGGAUAUCUCCAUAGAUAGUGUGUCAUCUGAGGUUCAUCCGAAUCACAAGAUCGACCUCAAACCAUGGUGUUUUUGGGCAAAAAAGGGUUGCAAAACAAUAGAAGUUGACUCGUAUCAGAUUGAGCUUUAUUGGGAUUUACGGUCAGCAAACUAUCUUGCGUCGCCCGAGCCAUGCUCGGACUUUUAUGUGGCAUUGAUUCAUGAAAAUGAAGUUGUGUUGUUGAUAGGUGACAUGAAAGAGAAGGUAUACAGGAAGACGCAAACACGCCCUGCAGAAGUGGAAGCUGCGUUGGUUUUCAAGAAAGAACAUAUGUUCGGGAAGAAAAGCUUUAUGACACGGGCAAAAUUCGAACCGAAUGGGAAAGAAUGUGAGAUUGUGGUGGAGAGGUCGCUUGUAGGGUGUAAAGACCCUGAGAUGUGGAUCAGAGUUGAUGGGAUCGUGGUGAUCCACAUUAAAAAUUUGCAGUGGAAGUUUCGUGGAAACCAGACUGUCUUGAUCAACAAGCAACCAAUUGAGGUCUUUUGGGAUGUGCACACUUGGCUUUUUUCCAGUCGUGGAUCGGGUCAUGGGUUGUUUGUAUUCAAGCAUGAUCAACAAGAGUCGGAUAAUGAUCACCGAGACGAUGAUAAGCAAAGUGGGUGUGGGACUGGAGACAAAGACAAAGACAACGAAUGCAGUAGCCAGCCACAAUUCUUUGAAUCUGAAAACCACGAAUUCGAAACCUACGAAUGGACGAGAAGACAGGAUACUCCAAUGGCGUCCCACACCACCACGUCAGACUUUGGGGGGAGAAACAGAGAAGUAAAUUUUCAUGAAACUGAGGUAGUUGAAUUCAUUGUGGAGGAGGAUUUCGAACAAAGAGAAAAUGAUCAAAACGAUCACUCAACUGAAACCCCAGUUGAGGCUGAAACGAAGCCCGAAAUUGAGUCUGAAUCCAGUUCUGAUGAUGAUGGGCCUGAGCUAACAAAUAAUGAAUACUUUAUGUUUGAUGUUGUGUAG